AUCAUUCAAAUCUUACUCCGCUCUCAACACAAAUAUUUUGAUAAGUAAAUACAAAAAACAUAUUUACAAAUAUGCAAACAUAUAUUUAUGUAUGUGCGUGUGCCGCUGUUUAGUUUUGACUGUAGCGAAUGUUGGGCAUUCUGCUUGGGGUUUGCAACACAUAGCCAGUCGUGAAGACCACAAAAGUCGGCAUUGCGCUCGUCUGGCGCUCAUUGCUCGCUGCGCUCAUGCUACGAAAUGCAUGCUGCGUGUGAGACUAGUGGAGCGCUAAUGCGAGUGUGUCUAGACUUUGCCGUGUUAGCAACAAAUAUAAGUAUACACAAGUGUGUUUCUACAUUUUAGUUAUUAAAGCCUGCAUAUGUGUGUGUUUGUGUGUAUGUAGGUAGUGGUGCAAAUCGGAAAGCUUCGUCGUUGAUGUUGGUGCUGUAGUUGGCGUCGUGUCGUCAUCAUCCCCAACUUAUGGAUGUUGUUGUUGCCCAAAAAUGCGACUGCAUAUAUAUGUGCCACUGUGUAUACACGAAGUGUUUCCUUUACACUGUUGCUGUUGUCGUUGUCGUUGUCGUUGGCGUUGCCAUUGCUGCUUUUCUGUUGCUGUUUUCGUUUUCGUUGUCGUCGUCGGUGAAUCGUAGCAGUUGCUUGCUUGCUGGUCGCUAGCUACAGCGUUUUGUUACUUCGACUGUAAUCGACUUAGAGUUUAAACUACAAUUUCAGUUUCGCUGAUACCGUAAGAGAUAACCGACGUUUGCGUUCGACAUAACAAUAAUAACAGAAAAAUUGCAAUUCGCGUAUGGUAUCUCAACAAACUUGCCAGCAAACAAUCUGAACUGAAACGAUUUGCAAUUCGCAAAUUGCGAUUGCACUUGUAGUCAAACUCAAUAUACAAUUAAUACAACAUUUAUAGUAUAUGUGUCUCCAAAACUAGUUGUAUUUGUACAUAUGUGAAAUGAAAAUGAGAUUUCUUUAAGUUAAAGAAUCGUGGAAUAGUGUCUGCUUGUUCGAUGUGUAUUCUAUGAAUGCCCGGAUGCACUGUCGCGGAAAUAAAAGUAACCAGCAACACCUUUCUCAGGUGCAGCUAAACUUAUAAAUGCUAAUCAAAGUAAAAAGUGAAUUGUACUACACUCGAGUUAAUUCAAAUUCACGCGAGAAUUCCGGCUACCCGGGUGUGCAUUCUUUAAUUGGUGGACUGCAUCCUGCCGAAAUUAGACCGCGCAAGUUGGGCAAGCAACUACCACUGGUAUACUAAACUUCAAUUAAUUGCACCACGGAGACAUGCAUUCCGAACAAAAACAGAAAAUCUAAAAAUUUUUACCUUAAGUGUUAUAUACAUUUUGUACAUAGAGUAUAUUUUAAAAUGUGACAAUUUCACAAAACAAUAUUCUAUCCUAAAAAUGAAAUUUGGCGUUGUUUAAGGAUUCAACACUUGAAUACGAAUAAUUUUUCAGAAUCAAACGUCCUAUCCAAAUGUACAAAACUAACAAAAUACCUCAAAAAUCGUAAAUGUUGACAACGCUCAGGUACAAAAAAUUGCAGAAGUAACAACAAUGACACACAUUAGUGCAACACAAAUUUUAAAUUAACACAAUUCAACUGGAAGUCAUAUCCGAAAAUGUGCUGAUGUUAAAUUGAUUUUAAUUAUCCUUAAAAAAUAACAAUUCAAAACCGUUUAGAUUUAAAUGUACGCUACUAAAUAAUAAAACAAACGUUGACGUGGAAACUCUUAAAAACAACAAAAGCAAAAAUAUUGUUUGGUGUAGAAAAUAUAAAAGAUAUAUUUGCAAGGGUGCAGUGUUUUUCUGGAAUGUUAACACAAUUUAGAAAAAAUUUGUUAUAUUAUAUAGAAGACCUAUCGGUGCUUAAACGAAAAAUUUGUAUGGCGAAGGAACAUCAUCUCAACGAAUUAAUUGCGUUCAAUGGCAAAUUUGGACAAUGAAGGCCAUUGUUUAGCUAAGAAAACCGCAAAACAGUUCUAGAUAAGCAGAAACCCGUUAACUAUUAGUAAUCGUAGUGAAAUAAUCGGUAACGAAAUUCACUGGUGGUGGAGCGUAGUGCAAAUCAAGUCUCAUAAUGAUUAUGGUGCAACAUCUGGUCACAGCCAACGCAGCGCACACGCUCGUCAGCCAGACAGCAUUAUCCUCUGCUGGCUCCUCAUCGCCCAUACCAUCCUCACCACAAUCCACGCACAAUGUAUCAUCCUCAGUGUCAUCCCUGUCAUCGUCCGCAUCUCUAGCAUCGAAUGCAUUGUCUUCACCGACACGUUCACCCUCGCCGGUGGCACUGUCCCAAAAGAGUGUUUCCCCAUUGGCAUCGCCCACCAUCGCCACUACAAACGCCAGUACAAGGAGCAGCUCAAAUGAUGAGAAGUUAUUAAAUUGCUGCAUUCCACCUGCAAAACAGGACAAGGAUAAUAGAAGUUUCGAACUCGAACUCGAACGCAACGAGCAAACUUGGCGCUCGCCUAACAACAGCAGAGGGGACCAAAUAUUAAUUCGUGCCAUAGAAUCACAUAAGUCCACAACGCAAAUGCGGGAAAGCCCGCUGCCAGAGUCAACAUCACCUGCCACCAACGACAACAACGAUAGUAACGUGUCCACAGCAUCCAGUCCGCAAGCUUCACCACCACUCGCUACCGCCGAAUCGACUACCGAAAGCAAUAGGCGGCUAUUUAGUUGUCCCGAGAAAUUUACGGUACUCUACAAUCAUUUGCGCCAACAUAAAUAUUCCAACACAAACACGGACCGCGCGUCUGUCACAUAUGAACAUAAUCGUCACAGUAUUUCGCAAACUGAUAAGGAGCGUGAAACUUUCGGCGAGUUGGGUCAGCAGGUGCGUCGCACGGUAAUCACCAGCAAGUGUCAAAGUGAUGGGGACGCUUUGGCCAAGCGUAUCUGUGAUACGCCCGAGCGUAGAAAAAGCUUAGAAAGGCAAACCAGCAAUCCAAUAGAUGCGAUGCAGGAGGAGGACGAUGAUGAAAAUAUUGUUGGAGAAGAGGAUGGCAUAGCCUCUAUGGAGAACUAUAAUAGCGAGGAGGAAGAAGAGGAUGACACUGAUAGUCCAUUGGAUCUGUCGGUAAAUGCAACGGCGCUGCGCAACCGCGAUCGUGCAUACUCGGAAACGGAAUCGGAAGAUUCGGGCUCUGGUGUAACGGAAGGAGAGCAUGCUCAACUGAAAGCGGAACAAAGAUCAGCAUACAAGAAGAAUUUAAUGAAGCGAUACUACACUGAAAUACCAGUUAUAAAGCAAUCGACAAGCCCAGGUCCAUUGUUGACACACCAUCAGCAUCAUCAUCACCAGCAACAGCAACAACUGCAGCAGCAACAAUCAUCACAUCAACAACCACAAAGCAAUACGUAUGCGGGAUCUCCAAGUGUUAUACACAUAAAAGCCGAACAAAACGUUGUACUUUCUCCACCACAUCUCCAGCAGACAGUCCAGCAACAACAACAACAACAGCAGCAGCUUGUUAACGGCCUGGCACAGCAUGGCGGCCCACUCGCGGGGACAGGUGCAAGCAAUCAACUGCAACCACUAGCCAUACCACACCGACCAUUACUACACAAUCUGCUAAGUGGGGGCUCGAUACACAAUUCCCAUCAUAGAACCUAUGGAUCAGCUACAACAGGUUCCUUUCCUCCAAGUCCUGCCGAUAGUGGAGUCUCUGACGUAGAUAGUUCUAGUUCUGGUGGUCAGCCAUGCAGUGAUGAAAUUAAAGCGCGACUUGGUAUACCGGCCCAUUGUCACCCGCAUGCAACUCAUAUACCGUCAGGAACAUUUCUGCAUCCCAAUCUGUAUCAAAAUUCAGCGUCCAUACGGAAUAUAUGGAACCGCAGUGUUGGAAUGCCCGAUGGUUAUUACAUGCCCCUAGGGACCAGCACUAGUCCAUCCAAUAAUGCGUCGGUGAGUAGCAGCAGUGGUCAGAAUGGCGGUGCGGUCGGCACUCUGAACAGUGGAAACUCAGCAUCGUACUCAACGUCACCCUACUUCACAACACCUUCCCCGCCACGCGCUAAUCCCGGUCUAACGCCACAUCAUUCCCUGCACGCACACCAACAACAUCUACACCAUCAUCAGCAUUCCACGCUAGCGAACAGCCCAGCGACCGCUGCCGGCGGUGUGCUGCAUCAACAGAGUGUGAUUCAGCCAACAACGUCCAAUGUCAACUAUGAUCUCUCGUACAUGCUAGAGCUUGGUGGUUUUCCACAGCGAAAAGUGAAAAAACCACGCAAGCCCAAAAUCGAAAUGGGUGUAAAGCGACGCAGCCGCGAAGGCUCCACAACAUACCUGUGGGAAUUCCUCCUUAAGCUACUGCAAGAUCGCGAAUACUGCCCGCGUUUCAUUAAAUGGACCAACCGCGAGAAAGGCGUAUUCAAGCUGGUGGACUCAAAGGCAGUGUCGCGACUAUGGGGUAUGCAUAAAAACAAACCGGACAUGAAUUACGAGACAAUGGGGCGCGCAUUACGGUAUUACUACCAGCGUGGCAUACUGGCGAAGGUGGACGGCCAAAGGCUGGUGUACCAAUUCGUGGAUGUGCCAAAGGACAUUGUGGAAAUCGAUUGCAAUGGAGUGUAAAAGUAUUGGACACACGCAUACAAGUAGUAGAAGUCUUAUAAAACCACGGAAGAACAUCGAAUGCGCAGUGCAUUCCAUAGAGAACGCAUCACAUCGCAUGCAAGUGAAAUGGAUUUCACGGAAUGUACAAAACAGUUAAAACCUGCUCGAAAUCGCAGCCAAAAUUCGCAAAUUGCAAUUCUGCACACACAGACACACACACUCAUAAAUAAAUAAAUAAAUAAUAUGGGCGAAAGACGGCAGUUUUUAAGGACGGCAUGGAUGCAUACUGUAAAGAAUUUGUAUUUAUUAGAUCUUUUUUAUGUUAAUAGUAGUUAUGGUGAAUUAUUGUAAUUGUGUGUAAGGCUCGCUAAAAUUAAACUGUAUAUUUUAGAUACACAAUCACAUGCAAGCAAGCAAAAUAAGAAUAUUAUAAUUAUAUAUUUAUGUUUAAGGCAAGAUAUGUUGAAUACAAAGUGUUGUAAUAUUUUCAAAUUGUUAUUAAUUAUUAGUGAAAUUAAAGAGGAACUGAUCCAAGGGUCAUCUUUAGGUAUAAAUCUAUAUAAAUAUUAUAUAAAUUGUAUGUAUGUACAUGUAUGUGUAGCUAAAGCAUAUGAAUACUAUUAAUUUGUUUUUGUUGCUUAUUUUAUAGUAAAACUCUACAGAUUAUGGACACAUAAUAUAAAUAUACUGUAAUAUUAUGUAGUAUACAUACAUAAGUCAUGAAUGUUGAAAUUGAUUAAUACUAGUUUUAAUUGUCCGUAAUUCCUAUGCCUACAACAGUUUUCUUUAUUUUUACCUUUUGACUUUCUGGAAAUUUCAAUUAAGAAGAAUAAUAACAACAACAACAUAACGGCAAUAAAACUACACUCUCUACUUAGUUCCGAAUUGAGAAUUUGACUCAAACCAAACCAUUUGUUUGCACCAAUUGGGAAGUGUACUGUUAAAUUGACAACCGCUUAGUAUGGCGUAAACAAAAUUUUACGAAUUAUGGACAAUUUGAAAUUGAAAGUACUUGCCUACACAAAAUGCAACCGUGAAAUUUAAAAAUUCAAUUUUACACCGAGCUGUGUGAACUUGUGCAGGUCGAAGGAUACUCAUAUUACGAAAACCGAGUGCAUAGUUUGAUUUCCGCUUUUCAAAGUAUGAUUUUAAAUGGCAGUAGUACAAAUUAAAUAAGUCAUCGAUCACGUGUGGUCAUAUAGAUGUUCGAUGUAUGUUGAGUGCAAGACGUGGAGUUAAACGAGCGGUAAUCGUAUUGAAAUUAGAGAAAUUACGCCAAAACAUAAUGGGAAAGUAAAGGGAGCGAUCAAUAAGAAGGUAAAAAGUUAUUUGAAAAGCUCAAUAAAUAAUAAAUUUUGGAAAGUUAAAUGUGAUAAAUCGUGAUAUUGGAAUUUUUAAAAUAAAUAUUAAAGAUAUGAAUGAAAUAUAGUUGGAAACGGGGGCAGGUUUUGAGCGUAUUGUAUAGUAUUGUGUAGAUGAAUACUACGGAAUAUACUUACAUGAGAGUAAAUGUUGUUGUUGUUAUUAUAUAAAUGAACUCUUUUUAUAACUGAAAUUCAAAAUGGUUUGAAGAUUUUUUUCGUCGUAUUUGCAUUUUUGUUGGACUCGAGUAUUUACCGUUAAAUGUCACUGCCGCAUGCAAAAAUCGCAGUAAUUGUAAUUUUUGAAAAACAACCUAUAAUAAUCUUCCAAACUAGUAAGGGACCAAGUCCUGUGGCCACUGCCCAUAUGUGCAAUUUACACUUUUUUAUUAAAGUAAAGAAAAAGAAAACUUAAUAAUGUUAGUAUCAUUUAAGUAUUGUUUAAGUUGAAAAUUCAAAAAUCAAAAACCUGCAUACUACAUAUGUAUAUGAGCAAUAUACAAAUUCGUUUUCGAUUUAUUAUUGAAAUGCUGAAGAAUUCAAGCCAUUGUUUCUCGGUUAUUAUUUCAUUUUCAAAAGUUCAUUUUUGUUUUGUUUUAAUUUAGUUGAAGGUAGUAUACAUAUGUAGUUCUUUUUUAUUGUGACAACUUUUUCUUAUUUAAAAAUAAAAUUAUUAUUUCAA